GCAUAUUAUACACUGUCAUAAGAGUUGGGUAGUUCCUGCUAUUGUGCAAACAGGAUAGAGCUUUGAGAAUCUCUGUUGUUACAUGAAUCAGAUUGCAAUGACCUGCGUAAAGAUCUGAUGUGAGUAUAACACUGAUAAAAUGCAAAUUGAUGUUUCCUUUAUUUCUGGCUGGUGGAUUACAGGUUUUUUCCUAGAUUCUUAAGAUUUACUUAAAUUUAUUUUCAAAUUAUUACUGGGAUACAGACUCUGAUUCUGAAUGAAAGAUUGGAUAAGUUCCAGAUCCUAAAACACAGGUCCAUAUAAAUUUCUAACCCUGAUAUUUUUAGAAGCUGAAACUCUCUUACAACUCUAUCUUCUCUCAUAGGCAAAGGCAGCAGAGUGGUGCUGGUGAGCCUCUUCAGCUUAUGCAUGAGGAUGUAGCUCUUAGUAAAUAUUUCAUCCUGAAUUUCAGGGAGGAUUUUUAAUGGAGAAAAAAAAACCCUCUCUAUAUAUUUGUAUCUAUAUAUUCCUGUUUACUUUCUUUUAGUUGUUACUAACACACUACCUGCAGGUUGUUUUGAUUGUACAGCAAUCUGGAGACUUUCAUCUUCUGCAUCCCAGAAAAAGCAUAGGCUAUGAAGAGGAGAAGUUCUUAUGCGUUUCUGAGAAGUCUUUAUUUCUGUUGAAGCUGGAGAUACAAAAAAUUUGCAGUGUAUCAUGCCAGACUGUCAGUCUGUAUUCAGUAAUGCUGCUAAGAGUGGAAAGGCUCUGAAAGGUUCUAUGAUAUAAACAACUGCUUUUUAAAUGUAACAAAAUUCCACCCCAAUUCUAUCCUAGUAUCUAUAGCAAAAAAAGUAUUCAGCUGUAUUAGAAUGACUGUAUUUGUCAUGGAACAAAAACUGACAGUGGAAAAUAUUCAACAGGUGACAGUUAAACAAUGCAGGGAAAGUGAGAAUUCACAGAUAGUGUGAGCAAAGGAGGAAGUGAGAAAUUAUAUCUCUUCAUCUGAAGGCUGAAAGGAGAUGAAGAACAGACUGAAAUGAUGCAAAUAGGCUGUAACAUGUAAACAUCAGGAAUAAACAAUCAUCCCAACAAUAAAUUGCCUGUGUGGUGAGGUGAGCAACAAGGGACUGCAACAAGUGUGCAAAAGACAAGAAGAACAGCAGGUGAGAUGGUAUUUGGUAAGGAGCAUUUGAGGGAAUGAAAACAAGAGAUUAUGUCCACAAAAUAUACUGAGACAGGCUGGAGAAAUGGCCUUUGAACAAAUUUUAAUAUGCAUUGUUAGGGUUUUUUAUUAAAUUCCUGAAAUAGAAAAAAAGUACCUUCUUUCUGAUGGCGAGAUCUGGAGCAGCUGUAGUUUGUGUAAGGACCUAAUGAUUGUUUUUUGUUUAUUCUCUGUUUAUUUUCUGAGCUAGGAUUUUUAAACUUAUUUCUUUAAUUUUUUUGGUUUGUUUCUUUUUUUUUUAAACUGGUUAAUUCACAGAAAGUAAAAUCAGUUUAGCCAUUUCAUGAAGAUGUCAAAAAGUUGUGUCUUUUUGCACAUGUGAGAGUGUUAGAAGAAAGCUGUUGAAAAAACGUGCUUCCAUUGCAAAAUGUACAGAAGACAAGGGAGUUUCAGUAACAAAAAAAAAAGACAAAAGAAACUGUGACUGGAACCAUAUAAUCUUUUGCUGUGUACACAGGUGCAUGAGAAGAUAGUCUCUUUUCUAACUAAGUGAGCAUAAUACUCCAUUUCACAUAGGCAGAGUCAAAUGGAGCCAAGUCAGAUGCCUGUUAACACAGCUUGAUUGCUUUUGAUUAAGAUGAGUUUGUCAUUUUGGAUUAUUUCCAGAAGGCACUGUCCUGUGCAUAGUAGGGGUUCUAGCUUUGCAGUACAAUAAGACAGAGAGUGUAGAAGGAGAGGGAUUAAGAAAAGCAUAGUCAUUAGGAAAACAUAGCUGAUCUCAGCUCAUUAAUGUUGCAGAGUCUGUCAGCACAGAGCAGAGACAUUGAAGGAGUGAAUAGCUCAACUGCAAUAUUGAUAUUUCAAAUCCGUAACAAAGUCUACCAGCUCAAGAUUUCUCAGGAUGCAAGACCACUUGCAAAACCUUGUUUGCAAAAGUGUACAGGGCAGUUUAUGUGGAGGUGAAUACAGGCCAACUGGCCAGCCUGGUGACAUUUCCAUCCUCCCAGCUUCCAGAUGUGGAGUUCAACCUUCUUCCUUCUAUGUUGUAAGAACACCUGCUAAAACCAAGCAGGAUCACAUCAAAAGUGCUGCCAAUGGGAUACCUUGGUCUGCAGGGAAAUAAAAUUCAAAAAAGGGUCUGUUUACCAUAGCCCUUAAACUUAAAAAGGACCAAGUACCCCUUCCUUAGUCCUUUAAUACUUUCAUAUUCCAAAGUGAAUCUGAGAGAUUAUGGUUAACUUUUGUGUUGAUUUAAUUCCUGCUUUAAACCUGGAGGAAUGCCAGUGUGCUUGAGAGCUUGUUUAGCUUUUCCAACUGUUCUGAUUAUUCUAGUGGAAGUUAUGGGUCUACAAAGCUCUCCUUGCUUAAUGCUGCUAAAUUUCAUUCUGUAGACACCAGAUGUGUUUACGGUUCUAAAUCAUCCAUUUGCUGGAAAAAACAAAUAUUUUAAUAGCUGAAACAAUGUUUCCAGGAAAGGGUUUUCCAUUAUUUAUCAGACUAUAAUGUCCCUAAAUCAGUGACUGUGUCUCUGGUUGUUUUGGUUAGUGAAGAGCACAAGGAUUUUGUUCAGGAUCCUUUGUUAAACUUGCAUUGAGAAUAAUCAUAGAACUACAGAACCAUAGAAUGAUUUGAGUUGGAAGGAACCUUUAAAGGUGAUCUACUCCAACCCCCUGCCAUGUGCAGGAGCAAUCAUAGCAAGGGUACUAAUCAAAGGUAGCUCCAGAGGAUCUUACACUAAGAUGCUUCCUUUACUUACGAAAAGCAUUAUGACCUUUCAUGGAUGAAAAGAAUAGGAUUUAAUUUACAUUUCUCAGAUGCAGGUUUCAAUUGCUAUUACAACGGAGUAGAUUGCAAAAUAUUCUGUGAUCUUCAUGUUCCUUUGCUUAAAAUACUUCUUGUAAACUUAACAUUAUGAACAUUGUGAGAGUUGUCACUAACGUCAAAUCAAUCCUAACUCUUACGACCAGACUGCUGCCAACCUCAGUUGCCAAUGCACUGUGGUGAAAAGACAGGAGUGUUUUCUGAAAACUGGAUCCAGUAAAUAACAAUAAACAUAUACAAAGCAUGCCUACUUAAAUGAGCUACCCAAGCUUUUUCUCAAGAGCUCCACACUUUAAGCAUGUAGCAAAUUGAUGUUCAUGUUUUGCCACCUGUUUCAGUUCUUGAGAACAUCCUUUUAAUAUCUAGUCAAGAUAAGCACCUUUUCACUUCUGUCUGUAUAAUGGAAUAAAGUCUAUACAUUAUGUUGAAAAUUGAAUCAUAUAGUUGCAUGGAGCAUAGAGUUUGUACAGUUUGAAAUGGGAAUACUGAGUAUCAAUUUUCCAAAGGAACAAGAAAUAUCCUUCUCACUCCUUACAGAAGGAUUUUGGACAACCACUAAAGAUUUUAGGCCAUAAAUUACCCUUUUUUUUUUUUUUUUUGAGACAAGUAUUAUAAACCCUCUGGAUAAGUGAGCUGGGACCAGGGCUAAAGUUACAGGCAUGAUCAACUGAAUGAAUCAAGAGGAGAAAAACAAUACUUAGUAUCAUUUCCAUCUGUGAUAGAACUUCAGCAAUUUAUUAUCAUUACCAUUUGGAUUUCAGUCAGCAUUCAUUAAGAAAAUUUACCAGAAUAUAUUGCUUGUGGCCCAAUGAAGUCAAGUAUUGGUUUCAACUUUGUAUUUUCAGUAAAGCAAAAAAGCUGUAUAAAAAGAAAAUAUUUUAUUCCUAAUUGUCCCUGAUCAUUGCCAUACUUUUGUUUUCAUUGGUCCUGUUCAAACUUUUUGUCUUGGGCCCUAAAUCUUCAUUGAAACCAUUACAACUUAUAAAAAGCCAUGAUGAUCUUUAGAUGUUUGAUGUGAUGCUUUUUACCACCUCAAUUAUCCAAGGUUUUUUAGACUUAACUCUCAUAAUCACAGAGCACUGUGUGAUAACUUGCUUUUUAUUCUGCAGGUUGGUCUGGGAAAUCAAUUUACUGACUCCAUCUGAAUUGCUCUUGAAAUGUCAUGCUAUUUCUUACUGUUCUCAGAUGUGUAUUUUCAGUUCCUCACUUUGCUGCAAGAAGCAUUAAGUACUAAUUUUUAUGGCACAGUGUUACUUCUUUUAUCUCUGUGAAUCUGUAACAGGCAUAUGAUUAAUACAUUUUAGAAGUGGCCUUUUUCUUAACAGAAAAUCAAAAGACUUUUGCAUAAGCUUAAGAUAAGUUAGGAUAGUUGUGUACAAGGACUGUUUAAGAGCAGGGCAUGAUAUAUGUUUUAUGAAAAGAAGGGAGAACAUAUGAGGGCUAUUCUGUAAGAUCACGAAUGGUUAGUAAUGCAAGCUCAGAAGAAAUCAUCCUCUAGACGCUGGUGCAGGCUUUUCUAUGGAAGUGUGUCAGAGCCACAUGAUGAAGUUGCAUGGGUAAAUUGCACUGAGAUUGCACAACUUGAUGUCUGCUUGUGAGAUUAUGGAAAUAAAGAAGGAUGCCUUCCAAUCCUUGCUGACAAAUUCUUGAUCUUUUUAAUACACAUCUGUGCUAACAGAUCUUUGACCUUUCUAAUACAGAUCCUUCCUGCUUCCCACAAGCAUUCUAUGACUGCUUUCAGUAUCCCAAGUUAAAAUGUUCUAAUAUUUGGUUUCUUUUGUGUAUUUAUAUUAUGUGUAAUGCUUUUCUAAAACUAAUCCCUCUAGUCAGACAAGAUUUACUUGAUAUGUAAUAAUUAUGAUUAUCUGCUGGGGAAGAUUUUGUAUCUUCUUAUUUUUACUAUCAGUAAUAUGUAUCAGUAUUUUAUAUCAGUAAUAUAUAUCAGUAUUUUUAAAAAUCCUAUAUCCUACAUGAAAAAAUAAACACGCUCUGCAUUCUCAAUGUACUCUAAACUAUAACAGGAGAGCAGAAUACCUAAAAUGUGUCACAUAAGGUUAAUCCAGGGAUCUAAAUAUUGAUGUGAAAUAUUGUUUCAUUCUUCAUUCAGUUCUUUCCCUUAUGUCCAUCCUCUAAUAGGUAAGCUGUGUAGAGAAGUGAGCAUAGUAGGAGACUGAGGAUGGUAAAUGGUAACAGUCUUUAUUUCUGCAUCUGGAAAAGAGAGAUACUGAUGGUGUUUAUUAGCUCCUUUCUCACACAGCCAUAGUAAUUAUGAUUCAUCACACCCUAAAUAGCAAUGGACUCUGUCUUCUGAUAAAGGUAACUAGCUUUCAUUUACAUGUAAUAAGUCUGCUUACGGUAGUUUGCAUAUAAACCUUUAUUUGUGACAUCACAUCAAAAAGUCCCAUAAUUUUGGCGGCUAAUUUGCUAAAGUCUGAGCUUCAUUUUCCAAGAUACUGAAAGCUCAAGGGUGGAAGCAAUGAGAGAAAUGCAGCACCUGAGAAAACUGGAACCAGAAUGUUUCAAGCUGAGCCCACAAAAGAAUAGGGAAGUAAAAUUAAACCCCUCCUCCAGUAAGUCUGACUCUGGGGAAGUCUAAAAUUGCUCCUUCUCUUCUUUACUUCCUUGUAGCUUAUUUCUGGAUCUUAUUUACUAUUUCUUUUCAGAUUAUACUGCAUGUUAACAAGCUUUAGUCGAAGUAAUUCUUCUGUCUUUUCUAUUAUCUCAUUAGUUUUGUUAUAAAUUUUGUCCCUGGUACUUUUUUGUUGUUUGGGUCUAUUUCUCUUUUUAGUUAUAUUGAUCUUUAUACAAGAGUAUGAAAGUAUGUGAUAGUUUGCUUGCUACUGGAACACUAAUACAUUCAUUCUAAAACUGUACUUUCUCCUUUUGCAUUAUUCCAGGGCUUGGUUUACUAUCAGAAAUACAAGGCGAUUUGUAUAUGUCAGACAUUGCCAUAUAUAAAGUGAAAUAAUAGCAGCAAUCUACCUGAGAAAAUGCUCCAAAUCCUUACAAUACUGUUGCUGGAAACACAGCUCUCCAUGGUUUCAGCUUUAUUUACAGUUGAAGUUCCUCAACAGCUCUACACUGCGGAGUAUGGGAGCAACGUUACCAUGGAAUGCAGAUUCCCCGUGAAUGGCUCAGUGGAUCUAGGACUCCUGACUGUUCUUUGGGAGCGGAAAAGGCAGGGUUCAUUGAAAUCAAAAGAGGUGUACACAUUCCGCAAUGGGAAGGCACUCCAUUCAUCUCAACAUCCUGAUUACAUAGGAAGAGCAUCACUUUUGCACAGUAAACUGAAGAUGGGACGAGCCAUCCUCCAGAUUACCAAUGUUAAGAUCACAGAUGCAGGAUCAUACCUUUGUCUCAUUGACUACCAGGGUGUGGACUACAAGUACAUUGCUUUGGAAGUAAGAGCAUCUUACAAGAGAAUAAAUACUCAAGUAAUGAGAAUACCAGGUGAAGACAAGUUUGUUUUUAUGUGCCAGUCAGAAGGCUUUCCUCUGGCAGAGGUUUUCUGGCAAAAUCAGAACUUCAAUCUCAGUGGAUCUGCAAAUACCACCUAUACACUGACUGCAAAUGGCCUCUACAAUGUCACCAGUAUCCUGACAUUCAAACCAAAUAUGAGUGAGAACUACACGUGUGUCUUCUGGAAUAGAGAACUGAAUGGAGAAACUUCAGCUCACUUUUCCACUUUAGCUUUUAUGAGUACACAGUAUAGUGGACAAAAAUUCCUGAUCUCUUUAAUCAUCUCCACAUGUGUGACUGUAGCUGUCCUCUCUGCACUAAUAAUAUUUAAGAAGAGAAAAUCAUUCAAGAAUGAGCAACCCAAAAAAGACAGGAAAAGAAAACUGAACCCUAAUGCAAAGGCUGAGAACAGUAAGUCACAGGCAAUUUUAAAAAUCUACAUUUACAGAUUUUUCUUUCUUACAUCUAAAAUCUUAAAAAAUAUGUAGAUUGAAACCUAAAUAAUGUUACAUCAGAAUAGAGGGUAGUUUUGAAUUUAAAUUAUUUUAUUCUUGAGUUUUUUAAAAAUGCAGUUUUUAAAGUUUUGACUGUCUCUUGGGCAAUGUAAAAAUUCAUAAAUACUGGUUCCCUUUCACUGAGGUACCAAUAGCUUUCAUACACAACUGAGCACACACCUCUGUAUACUAGCUGGGGUUCUCUAGCAGUCUUGGUUGAGAAGGAUAUUCACAGAAAGCUGGCUGUUUUGGAUAGCAUCAAGAUUUUUGUGGCAAUAGUCUGUUAUACUUUUGGAUCAGGCUACAGGUUUUAACAACAAAUAAAAUGAUACCUCACUUAUCUGGAAUAUUAUAUCAUCUCCUAGGCUACUUCUUGUCUUAUAAGAAUCUGACUUGCCUAGACAUCCAGAAAUUUUUUACAUUUCAGAGGGAAUACCUAAAAAACUAUCAGGAUGCAUCAAACUGUUGCAUACUAAAAUGGAACUGAAAAAAAAAAUACAACCAUAGAAAACGAUAAAUCAGUAUGACAAGAAAAGCCUUAAUACACCUACUGACAUAAAUCAAUUUUGUUACCUAGAGAUAACAGUUUGAAAGGCUAAUGCAUAGUGAGGUGAGAGGCUGUGGCCAAUGUUAGGUACAGAGGAACUUGGUUCAGCCAUAAUUCCUUGGUGUCCAAGCAGACCCUCACAUAGCAUACUGAGGUCAGCUCUGAGGCUGCCAAGGAGCACAAAUGGAGUAAUACUGUGACGCAGCUAACCAAAUGAACACAGAGACAACUAAGGGCUUUUCCAAGGACAGGAUUUUUUUGAGAAUCCACCCAUGUUUCUCACUGCUAAAAAAAUAAAUGAAGAAGUCACCAGCUUAAAAAAUAAAUUUUGUAGGUGAAAGCUAGAGAUUGGAUGAAGAGGGCAUGAAUUCGCUGAUUUCCAAAUCACCUCAGGUUGUCAUGUUUGCAUCUUAACUGUAAGUGUUUGAUCCACUGCCAUCAGUAGAUAUUACAAUUAAAACGACACUUUCAGAAAGACACUUUCAUCUUCCAGAAACCUUGCUGCAGUCAAAGUCUCAUUCUUAUUUUUCAUGUGACAGUGUGAAACUUUAGUGGCAUCAUGCCAUGCACUAAUGAACACAAGCUCAAGGCAAGCAGCAUUCUGGAGAACAGCGUUGGUACAUGUCUGGACACAUUCUAGUGCAUAAUGUCUGAGCAUAGCUUGGCUUCCCCUGGCUUUUUGUAUUAUUUUUGUAUUUUUCCACUUUGGAGCCUCUUCUGUGCACUCGGUGAAAUGAAGAAAUUAAAAAAGACAAGGCCAUUCUUUGCGGUUUUACUUCUUCAUUUUAAUGACAAAAAAACUUUGUCUUACUUGCAACAUGCAGUAAGUCAGAUGACAAACAUUUAUAUUUCUCAGCAUUGGAUGUUUUUAAGAAACCCUGGAAAUAACCUUUUUUCCACGAUGAGUAGGUAGUUGAAGCAUUAAGCCACAGAUACUUUGCCACAGUGCCUUGGAAAUGACCCAUACAGUCCUGGUUACAGGAACAAGGACUGUUAAUAUUACCAGUUUUAACUUACAGCUCAAGCUGUAUCAGAACUGCAUAUGUAGAACCUUUAAACUCAUCACCAAAGUCCCAGUUCUGCACACUUUUAAUCACAUGCACAUAUUUACUGACAAUCAUAACCAUGGAUGCUCUCUAAACAGAUUUCAGUUUUGUUAUUUCAUUUAUAUGGCUGAAAGUGAGUGAUAGCUUUGUUGUAAUAGAAAAUUCAGAAUUUAGACUACAGAUAAAAGAUAAUUCUUUCCUCAGAAAAGAUCACAGCAGAUAUUCUUGUAAAUUAUAACAGCUUUAAUGAGCCAUUGUAACUUCAGCAUGAUCCAGGAGACUAAGCUGUCACUCUUUACCACUCAGUUGUUAAAAACAAGCUUUUUAUUUUCUUAAAUCACUGCAGAUUUUUAAACUAAUACUAUUGCAUUUUCUCUCUUUAAGGUGAUAAUUUUAACUUUCAGACUGAGGCUUUAUACUUGUCAACUGUGACAGCUUCAAGAGACAGUGGGAGUGUGGGUCUGUGAAAAUUCUUCAUCUUAUAUGCCAUAAUUUGCACUUUUUCCAUCAGUUUUGGGGGACUUGAAAAGAAAAUUACAGCACUUUAGCCUUAGGAUAAACAGUGAACUCAUGGGGAUGUAUUUACACUGCAGCAAUGGAAAGCCAUGCCUCCUCAGAUACCUUAUCUUGAAGUUACUGAGAACUAUGCUGUCAUGAAAUGUGGUUUACCACUGUGGAGAGGUCAGCUGAGUGCCUGUGAUACACUUUAAUUUUGGACUUACUGUUGCUCAAGGGAUUUUUGUUUAAGAAUGCCUUUAUCAACUGUUCCAGUCUCAGGAAUGGUGCUUGGAGUCAAAAAUCAUGUGGAAUUUGAAUAAAAGCUGUAAAUGCUAUCUUAUGUCAAUUAUCUUUCUGGUGGAAACAUCAUUACACGCCCAUAUCCCAUUUCCAAAUUUUCUAACACACUGAACUAGGUAUUGCCAUUACUACUCACAUCAUUGUACCACUUGUAUAACUUGUAUCAUUGCAACAUCUAGAAGAUAUUUCAUAUCACAAGAGCAAUAAGAGAAUGAAAUUAAAUCAAAGGACAGACCAAAAAAAAUUCCCCACCUAAUACUAGCAAUAAAUCAACAUUAUGUUGCAUGAAGAGAAUUUUCAUGUCUAUAUAAAACCUCACAGGUAAAUCAUAUAAAAAACCAUGAACUGUGAUACUAUGCUACAGAAAAAGUUUCAAAUUUGAAGUGAUUAUUCAACAGAAUUUUCUUUAGGAGGAAUUUGGAAGCAAAAGUGAAAAUGAAGCUGAGACAGAUUUCUGCACUGGUUAUUUUUAAACAGUAAUUUUGCCUUUGUUCAGAUGAAGUGAGUUUUUUCCAUGCCAGGCUGCUUUGCUUCCUAAUACUGGAAUGCCAGAUUUGGAAAAACAUCCAAAAUGAAACAACUUUGCCUCUUAGUCAGUCAUGAGAUAGUGAAGCAAGGGCACUGGGUAAAAUUUGUCAUAUUGUUUUCAAAGACCAGUGGCUUUGGUAAGCUGUGUUUUCUGCUAAAAUAGAUGUAACAAGAUUGAAUAAAGGUGUUCACAUGGAAGCUACUUCUGCUAGGAUCUUGCUCUUAGAAGAGUUCCACUGAUUUAAGUUUUUGCAUAGCAUUUACUCUGGAUUUGGAUGGGAACUACUUCACCAGUGUCACUUUGCAGCUAUUUAUUCCAGCAAAAAGUAGACCUACAGUGCUGCUAUGAGACCAGAACAUCAGCAUUCACCCUCUCUUGUUUCACCAGGACAGGUGUUUUUAAAAAGCGGGACUGCCAUUGAUUUUACUUGUGGAGGAGAAAAACUAAUCUCUCUGAUAUAAUCUGUAAUUUAGUAUUGCACCUUUAAUUACCCAUUUGUAGCCACUGGAUUCAGCUGAGACAAAUCCAUACUAUGCUUGUGAUGUCCUAUGUCCUUGCUGACAUGGCAAAUCAGGCACAUGUCAGAGAAUCAGAGGCAGCUUCUUAAAGCAUUGGUUAACUUAAUACAGAAUAGCAGCUUGGGAACUGCCCUGGCUUGCACAAUUUAGCAAUACUUAAGGGUCGGUACAUAAGGUCAAGCAAUUUCUCUCUGUUCCAGAUUUGUACUCUGCUGGGAACUAUGAGCCCUUGCUCUUCUGUCAGUCAUGGUGAAAUCUAAUCCACUGUGUUCCUGGAAAGAGUUAAUUUUGCAUUUUUCUAUUUAUUUUUUCCUCAUGAAAAUGAAACGGAAGUAAUAAAAAUGAAUCUAUGUGGAUGAACAUACAUAGUACACUGCAGUCUUUGCAAUUAGGUUAUGGCGAUUAUCAUUGUUCCUUACCGAAAUGGAAGUCAUCUUGUCAUUAUUUUAUACUGGUGAGUAAAUGCUGCCUUGGUGUGAGCAACAAAGAACAAGUGUGGGUAGCAUUUCCUGCCCAUUUUACAGACAUGGCAAAAACUACCCUGCUUUCCCUCUUACUGGACUGUACACUGAAAGGUUUCACCUGGCAUCCCCAGGCAGAGGCAACUCAGUUUUCCACAACACUCCUAUGCCCUAUCCACUUUAUUUCAUUAUUAAUGGAACAACAGCACUGUUUACUGCAAUAACUUUAAGAAUACCUAGAAAAGUAUUUUGGCUCACGAGUUUCUAUUUUCACUGGACGCUUAUGAAGCUGACUGUCACAUCUGAGUAUGUGAAAGUUAGCUUGUCAGCAGCUUGGCCAGUCUAUAUAUGUCUAUGAAUUCAUGCAAGACUUGUCUUUUACUGUAAACCACUAAGCAUAUGAUACAUGUGUGACAUGAUGAGUCUCUGUUCUUUCUGCUUCACCUACUGUUUUACAUGCUGUUAUCUCCAAACAGCUCAAGUGAGUUCUCACCUACAAACUGCCUGCAAAAUGUUUGAAGGGUUUGUGUUCUGUUUGUCUGGGGUGUUCUCUCUGUGGUUUUGGUUGUUUUUGUUUUGCUUGUUUGUCGGGUUUUUAAAAAAAUUUGGUUGUUGCGGGUUUUUGUUUGUUUGGGUUGUUGUUGUUGUAUUUUUGUUCAGUUUUUUUAUAGUUCUGAACUUGACAGUGAGUCAUGAUGUUGUUAGACCAUAAAACUAUUAGGUAUUUUUAGAGUUUGACUUACCUGCACUGUCAUCUGACAUUUUUGAAUGGCAGAGAGGAUACCUUGCAUAAGAAGAUACUGUUACCCUUUCUGAUAUAUACUGCCUCUAUUCAUCUCCCCACAUUUGUCUCAAUUAGGUGCAUGUCAUAAGCAAUAGUAUCUUAGUGUCCUGGAAAAAAGUAGGGAUUCAACUGAAGUUGGUGGAAUGUUUGGGAAAACAUGUGCAAAGAAUCUACUUAGUGGUUUAUAGUCACCUAAAACAUAGUUCACUGAACUUUAAGAUGACCAUUUUUCAAAGCAAGUAGAGAGUUUGUUUUCAGUAUUGAAUUUUUUUGGUAUGGCUAAGGAAAAUCUACUUUUCCAAUUCCCUGACCUGCUUUACUAUGUAUGAGUGAGGUACUUUCCAUUUUAGCACAGGAGCAACUGGCAAAUUGGGUGAUUAGUCUUUCUGUUCAUUCCUCACCUCUGCUAUCUACCACAGAUUUUAGGGGCUUACAGUAGGUUUGUUUCAGCUUUUCUACAGCUACAACAUUUUCAGUAGCUGUGAGCUGCAGCUUGGUUCUGCGAUUAAGAGCAUAGAGCAGAAUAAGAUUACAAAGUUCACUUUCAUACUGGCGGCAGCCUAAACCCAUACUAUUUUCUUGAUUCCCACUACCAUAGACAUGUCUGAAAGCAACUGCUAACAUCAAGAAGGUUAAUAUCUGUGGAAGAAGACUGAAGCAGAAGAGAUAUUCCUAAUAGCCAACUGAAAUGCCUUACAAGACUUAACUAGAAAACCAGCAGCUGAUUCUGACUAUUGGAGCAAUUGGAAAUGCCUUUUAGAAUUUUAGACAUCAAGAAACCUCUAUUCUUUCUUAAGAAAUACUGUGGUCAUCUUUUCUUAUAGAAUUUCUUUCAUCUGACAGAACUAUACAGUUUACCACCAAAACCAAUACUUACUUCCUCCACAAAAUAGUUACACAGAAAGGUUUUACAAACCACCUCUAUGCAGUAAAGGGUCACUUUUACAGGAAUAAGUCUAACUUGUCUUUUUUCUUUCUGUGGGGAUGGGGAUCAAUUAAGCAAUCUUAGAAGUCCCUUCUAACCCAAAAUGACCUUUGACUAUAAACUUGUUGCUCAAAUUAACUUCCAUAUCCUUUGUAAUUAUCUGAUUUUUCUUUUACUCUGAUGAAUAUGUGGCCUUAAAGCAUAGCCUUAGAUCAAUGACAAUGAUGUGGUUCAACAAGAUAUCCUGGUUUUCCUCACCAUAUGUCAAGCACGCUGUGUAAUACCUUUUUAUAGCCAGUGCUUGUUAAUAUUUCAUUCAAACUCAGUAUGCAGCCAUAUGGUAAAAAGUAGAUGAAACAGGUAAGUGCACUGUGCAAAUAUUGUUAAAAGCUGACUUUAAUCAACUACUGGGUUUACUUCUGGUUUUAUUUUCAAUGCAAUUUCCAGCAGCUAAUGUUUGUUUACUCACAAGCACAUUUCCUAAAUGGGCUUUUCCAAGUCAGAAGUGAAACAUCUGUCAUGCAAAGUCUGUGUUAGAAACCACUUCACAUAAAGAAUGACGCAGUAGAAAUUUGCACAGUGGGCUUAAGCUCAUUCCUUAAAGGUGUUUUUCAGGCAGUAGGGUGAGGUGAUUACCGGGUGAAGGUGGUGCUUUCACUGGUGAGGGGAGGAAUCUAUCUGGUCAGAAGUUUGGGGUUCUAAUCACAACAUUAGCAAGAGUAGCAAGAGUAUUUCUGUGGUACUGGACAACAGAAUUUGUGUAGGAAAUCAACUUUUUCUGAGGUGAUACAAUGAACAUAUUCCUUACAUAAGUAAAAUAGAUGAUUGUCAGUCUUAACUAUGCAAACCUGGUGAAACAGAGGCUAGGUAUCAGUGAAUAGAUGUAUAAACUUGAGAAAAUCACUAAAAAAGGAGAAGCUGUUGGUGAGAAUAGGGAACAGUAGAAGGUCAACAAUUUUUUUUUCAAGAGGGACAGAAUGUUUGUGAAAAUAAUAGUCAGAUGAAGCACUGUUCAAAGAACUUCCCAGUUCAUGUAAGAAGUUAUAAUUGCUGAGCCAUGUUUCUGUACAUCCCCAAAAUAUUGCAGUCCUAGUGCACAGGUCUCCCUCAGACUGGUAAGAAAACUGAGAAAGCAAGACAGCUUUCUGAAAAUGUUAUUGAGCAGAAGCAACAUUUUAGACCUCCCUGCAAAGUCUUUGAUUUUCUCUAUGUUUGCCAUGCAUAUACUUCAUGCUCCUAAAGAGUUGUGAGGUAAAAUGCAAGACAGUAGACCUUGCUGAGAUACUGGGGAAGAUGUCAGAGGUUAGAGUCUGCUUCUGGUCUAGAUGAAUGCUCAAAACCAGGCACAGAAGAGAUGAAGAAUCUGGUGAAUUCCCAUCUGUGAAGCUUAUUUAAAUGAAAUUUCACAGAGAUGGAUGAAAAUUAGUUUAUGUUGUAACUUGGAAUGAUUUCUACUGUCCCAUACAUUCUUCUCUUAACAUAGGUUAAACAGUUUAACUUUACAAGAGACUACUCACUCCAUUGUUUUAAUUGCCACUAUAUUACAGUGUAUGAAUAACUGUUUGUGUCCUUUAUAAAAAGUCUCAAACUUCAUUUCUGCAGAGUUGUUCAGUUUUCCAAAACUAAAAAUGCUUAUGACAACUUCUGCAAGAGCAUAGAAGGUUAGAGCCCCUGUCCUCCUAGAACCUCCACUGGAGGAAGUUACUUGUGUUGGACACUCCUGGGAUUUCCACAGUACUGAGUUGUACAAUUGUACCUGAGACUGCAGAGAGAAGGGUGAAAAGUCUAAGGCUGGGAAGCAUAUUCUUGCUUCAGCCGAGGCAGACUUGAACAAGACAUACUGUGGAAGCCAGUUCAGGGCACAAGCCAACUCUGCUCAGUUAGUCACUGCGGACUAUCUGGUCUCUAAUAUUGCAGACACCAUUACUCUGGAAGCCAAACUAUCCACUGGAUAAUGUCCCACUCCUAGUGCUUCCAGGUGACUGGUUAUUGUCUAAAACAUUGAGAUUCAGUUGUGAAUUUGGCCUGACAGGAGAAUUGCCCAUGGGCAGAAGCUAAAAGUUGCUUGAAUCAAAUAUGGAAAGCUGUGAAGAUUAGUAGGAAGUGAUUACAAAAAUCAGCUAGACAGACAGGAUCUCAGUACCAUGCAGAAAAGGCCAAGGAUUUUCUCCAGUCAAAGGUCAUCAUCUACACAUCUGCUGUGUGCUGGGUAUUGAUAUAAGUCAUGCAUCUUUUGUUGAUCUGCAUGUUCUGAGCGUCAUUCGUUAAUUGGUAUG